AUGGUGACACCAGCACAUGCCCAAGGAGCUUGUUCUCUACAAUAUGCAGUCAAAGAGGCCUUAGAACGUAUGGGACUGCGUCGCGUAUUCCUGGACUAUACAGCUGUGCCACAUGAACACCCUCAGGGAACAAAACAGCCGGAUGCCGCUUGGGUCCCCAAGAAGUUACCCAGGAAUCGAACAAUGGUUUUAGAAGUUGCAGUUUCGGGAUCUCUGGCUCGACUACGUCGAGAUAUCGACAUGUGGGUAGACCCGGCACGGGGGAACGUCAGCAUUGCGUUGGCAAUGAAAAUCAAUCGAAGAAGACCGGAGAUCCAACUCGAAAAAUACGAACGAGAUUCCCAGGGAAGCACUCAGACCGUUCUCAUCCGAAAAAGUGAGGGUCAAGUCGCAGUUUCCGGGUCCCUCAUCAUCCCUUUUGAGAGUUUUGUCGGAAGAGCACCCUCAAAAGAAAGAGACAUACAAAUUGUUGAAGCGGCUCUGCGAGAAAUCGCCGAGGAUAUUUGGUGCGCCCAGCAAUUUGAGUAA